GGCAAAAUAAACAUGAACUUAAAAUUUUAUGGAACGAACGGUGGAGAUAUGGUGAGAUGAUGGGACAUUUAGUGGUAGAAAAUAAGAAGAGCCGACACGUUUAACGGACUGCAGGAAGCCUCAAGAACAGAGCAGGGUCGUGUAUAAUGUGUAUGAUGCCCACGCACGACAACGUAGAAACUUGCAAAUUCUUGAAUACAAGUGUCAACCCCAUACCCCCCCUCUCACAUACCAUCAUCCUUCGAUCAACCACACUGGAUUCUCCACCACUCCAAUUCUCCUUCCUCAUUGCUCGCCGGAGAACCCCGAUUCUUCCCCCGUAAAGACAGACGGGCACAGAGACAGAGAGAGCACCGACGUUUUCUACGCCCAGUUCUUGUCUUUUUCUCUCGAGUGUUCUGGGAUCGUACUCGAAGUGCGUUCUAUUUUGUUUUUUGUGUCAUUGGUUUGGGAGAAUUGGGUUGGGGGUUGGUUUGAUGAGGAAUUCGGGUGGCGGUGGGUGGGAAUUGAAGGGCUGCGAUGAGGCAGAGCAAGAACAGAGGCGAUCUAGGGCGUCGGAAUGAAGUAGAAAGAAGAUCAAAUCCUAUGCUUAUGCGCCAUGUCCAUGGAUGAAGUACCUGGCUCCGUGGGGACUAGCGCCAGCUUCUCUCUGCGCUUGGGGCAAACCAUCUUCUCCUCUGCUUCUCUUCUCUUCAUGUCUCUGGGUGUUGAGUUCUACAGCUACACUGCGUUCUGCUAUUUGGUAACUAUAAUGGGAUUGGUUAUUCCCUGGAGUUUCACUUUGGCACUGGUGGAUGGAUACUCUGUUUUGGUGAAAUGCCCGAUUCGUCAGCCUGGGGUUCUCACAAUUAUUGUUAUAGGAGACUGGGUAUUAUCAAUUCUCACGCUGGCUGCAGCUUCCUCUACGGCGAGCGUCGUGGAUCUCCUCCUCCAUGCCGAGGGUUCCUACUGCCCUCCAAAGCUCUGCAAUAGAUAUCAGAUAUCCGCUGCUAUGGCCUUUCUAUCAUGGUUUCUGUCAAUGGCUUCCUCUCUUUUCAAUCUCUGGCUGCUUCCUUCCCUGUGAUUCAAAUUCGGGAUCCAUCUGUUUUCCAAUUUAUACAAUUUUGUGGGUGAUAUUACAAUGAGCAUAGUUAUCUUAAAUUUUAAUGUUGUGGAUUAAA